AUGGAUAUCCAUCGUUGUCGUUUCGUGGAUUAUACUCCUCAUACUAUAACAGCUAGUGCAUUUUCCCUUCCAUCUUCUACAUUGCCUCUUAAGCCAUCGUCAUCCAAUAAAUUGCGUUUGGCAGUAGGAAGAAGUAAUGGUGAUAUCGAGAUUUGGAACCCUAAAUUUAAUUGGAUUCAUGAACUUACAUUACCAGGUUCUAAAGGCCGUUCUAUCGAAGGUUUAGUUUGGGCCACAGCUGAAGGUGAGCCUCCAAGACUUUUCUCCAUUGGUGGUUCCACUUAUAUAACAGAAUGGGAUUUAUCAACCGGUAGACCAAAAACUAAUUACGAUUGUAAUGCAGGGGUUAUUUGGUCGAUUGAUGUAAAUGAUAAAGGUGACAAAUUAGCUGUUGGAUGUGAUGAUGGUUCAGUUGUUGUAGUAGAUAUCUCAGGGGGGUUUGGAUACUUAGAACAUGGAAUGAUUUGUCAAAGACAAGACCUGAGGGUUCUUAGUAUAAAAUGGUUUGAGUCCAAAAUGUUAGUUGGUGGUUGUUCAGACGCUAGAAUUAGAAUUUGGUCAGCUGACGAAGAAAAUAAAGGAAGACUUUUAAGUAAUAUGAGAGUUGACAAAUCAAAAGCCGAAAGUACUUUAGUCUGGUCAGUUAUGGUAUUAAGUAAAAAAAGACAAAUAGUUAGUGGUGAUUCAACAGGUUCAGUCAAAUUUUGGGAUUUAGAUAAUUUUUCCUUAUUACAGACUUUCAAAAUUCACGAUGCUGAUGUUUUAUGUUUGAAUAAAGAUGUUAACGAAGAGAAAAUAUUCAGUGCAGGUGUCGAUAGAAAAAUACAUCAAUUCGAAUUAACUAUUAGUAAUAAAAGUAAAGUAUCUAAAUGGAUUCAUUGUUUCAAUAGAUUAUUACACUCAAACGAUGUUAGAACAAUGUCUAUUUUCGAAAGUAAAAACUACAACUUUUUAGUAAGUGGAGGAGUUGAAAGAUCUAUUGUGAUUCAAUCAGUCUCCGGUUUCCAAGAUGGUAAAUACAAGAAAUUAGCCAUUAAUCAACAACAAUCAAACAUAGUCGUCAAUUCGAAUUUGAAGUUAAUUAUAAUGUGGCAAGACCAAACGAUAAAAAUAUGGAGGGUAUUAGAAUCAAAUUCUGAUUCCGAAUUUGAUACUUCCUUUAAUACAAAAAAUCAUGUUUUAAUUGCAAAGUUGACCUUGUCAGAUGAAGAAAAUAUAACUAAUGUCAGCAUAAACGAAGAUGCUAGUUUAUUAGCUGUUUCAAGGAUUAAUAAUGUUAAAUUUUUCAAAUUAUCAUUAAUCCCCAAAAGUACAAAAUUAAAAAUUAAUAAAAUUAGGGAUGAUCAAUUUGAUUCUAUAAUGGAAGGGGGUAAGAAAGUCUUUUUUUACGAUAAUAACAAAGCUCUUAUUUUAUCAGCUUCUGACGAAUUAUAUAAAUUCACAAUAGAUACUGAGGAGCAUAAAAUUGAAUUAAUUGAUGAAAUCGAUACCUUAAUUGACGAAUCGAACAAAUCGUUCACAUCUUUAGGCCAUUUAAAUAGUAUAAAAGAUAUCACUAUCGAUAAAGACAGUUCAAGAAUAGCAUUAUCAAGAUUCAACGGUACAAUUGAAAUUUUACCAUUAAACUCGAAUAUUCAACCAUAUAUUUUAACACGUUUAUCAUCAUCACCACAAUUAAUGAAAUUUACCGAAAGACAAACUUUAAUUGUUAUCACUGAAGACACUCAAGUUUUGGAAUAUAAUGCAUCUAAAGAAAAGCAGGAUCUUAGUCUAUUAACCCAAUGGUCAAAGACCAAUAGUGAAUUCUUACCAAAUCAAUUCACUUCAUUAGAUGAAAAACCUCAAGGAUUAUUUUUACAAGAAGAUAAAUUAUGGCUUUAUGGAUCUAGUUGGUUAUCUUUCUUUGACUUAUCAAUAGAUAUUCCAACUACCAUGAGUAAUAACCAGCACAAGAAUAAGAAAAGAGGUAGAGAUGGUUUAAGUAUUGAUACCUAUGAUGAAACAAAAGAAGAAGACGAAGAUUUAGAAGAAGAUCAAAUGGAUCUGAUUGAAGGAAAUCAAAGACUCACCAAAAAGCUUCAAACUGGUAAAGAUGGUAAAAAACCAUUUUGGAUAACUACAAAAUAUAGACCAAUAUUAAAAGUCGACAUCUUCGGUAAUAAUGAAAUAGCUGUUAUCGAAAGGGACUCAUUUACUUUGCCAACUGCUCCAACAUUUGACGUUCAUAAAGUUAAAGUAUAA